AUGGCUUUAGAUGACCGUAAUGACCCUUGGAUGUGUAUAGUUUUUCUUACUAAUUUGACAGGAGCAGCAUUAAAGUGGUUCAAGAAUAGGCCACAUAAGUCCAUCCCGGACUACGUAACACUGUGCACCAUGUUCUUAGCACAAUACUGCGGAAAUAAGAAGCAAAAGAAGAGUAAUGCUAGCCUCUUCACCGGGACGAAGUUUCACACUUCCUUGGUCAAAUAUUCUCCUCCUGACAUGCAGACUCUCAAUUCCAGGGCCCAGAUCUACAUUCGGCUCGAGGAAAAUGUAGCCCACCGAGCGCAGCACGCCACCCUCGUGACAGUAGAGAACAAGCCUCAAGAGAGAAUUCCAAAUUCAAAGAUUCUAAAAAGCCAACACGCCUCAACGCCGAUCACCCAGGCACCUGAGAAGAGGCAAAGGAUAGAGGAAGGGUUUACACCUCUCCGAACUACCUUGGCUCGGCUCUUCCAAGAGAAUAAGAUAAAGUUCACAGCCCCACAGCCAAUGAAGCAACCCUUGGAGCAGAGGGACAAAAGCAAGCAUUGCGCUUAUCACCGAGAUUAUGGGCAUUCAACCAAUGAUUGCAGAUCCCUUAGGCGAUAA